CAAAUUUUUGUUUUCAAAAAGUCUGUUCCCCCUUACAACAAUAAUAAUAAUCUGAUAAAACUUCCAUGAGUUCUGUUUAGUAUAGACAGGAUAGUCUAAGGGUGGCCUCUUGAUCUAAUGAAAAUCAUAGCAUUUUCUAACCUUGUAUAGUAUUUCUAUGGUAAUGUUCCUGAAUAUACUCUAAUGCAAUUUUGCAUAUGUAUACAUCAAUCAUUAUGAAUGGCUAUUGUUUAUUAACAGAUACUAUUCAAAAACUUACUCCUGUCUUAUGGCUGGAUUGAAAUUGUCCUCUGAGCUCCUGUGUUAAUUCCACAUGAUUUCUAUUUUAAAUUAUCCAACUGGUCAAGGUAGGUGAUUGUCCUGCUCUAAUCUGCACUGGUGAGACCUCACCUUGGGUACUGUGUGCAGUUUUGGGCACCACAGUAUAAAAAAGACAUUAAACUAUUAGUGAGCAUCCAAAGGAGGGCUACAAAGAUGGUGAAGGGUCUGGAGGUGAAGCCUUAUGACAAGUGGCUGAGGUCACUUGGUUUGUUCAGCCUUGAGAAGAGGAGACUGAGAGAAGACCUCAUUGUGGUAUUCAAAGUCCUCAUGAGGGAAAGCAGAGAGGCAAGUAAUCUCUUCACACAUGUGACCAGUGACACGACUUGAGGAAAUGGCAUGAAGCUGAGCUGGGGAAGGUUUAGUACCAGGAAAGGGUUUUUCACCCCGAGGGUGGUAGAGCAUUGAAACAGGCUCCCCAGGGAAGUGGUCACAGCAUCAAGCGUGCCAGUGUUCAAGAAGCAUUUGGACAAUGCUCUCAGUCACAUGGAGUGAUUCUUGGGGUGGCCUGCAUAGGGCCAAGAGUUGGACUUAAUGAUACUGAUGGGUCUCUUCCAACUCAGCAUGUUCUAUGAUUCUAUGACUGUGAUAACUUGCAGACUUAUUUGAGCCUAAAUGCAUUGUAAUGUUUGCUUGGCAUCAUUGUAACUGAUCUUUGAAAAGUGAUUUUUGUUGAUUUCUUGCAUGUGGCUUCAAGAAACUUGUAGACUUCCAAAAUUUUCACUUGUCAAGCAUGUAUGCUAGGUUUCAUGAUGGGAACUGGUACUCACUGUCAAACCUAUUUCUCUUUAUAGUCAUCAGAUUUUUGUUUUGCUUUUUUUUUAGAUUGCGGUCUUUGGUAAAGCAAUUAGAGAGAGGGGAAGCUUCGGUUGUAGACUUAAAGAAGAAUUUGGAAUAUGCUGCGACUGUUCUUGAGUCAGUAUACAUUGACGAAACUAGGCGUUUACUGGACACAGAAGAUGAACUCAGUGAUAUUCAGUCUGACUCUGUGCCCUCAGAGGUCCGUGACUGGUUGGCUUCUACCUUCACGCGGCAAAUGGGGAUGAUGCUCAAAAGGACAGAGGAAAAACCGCGGUUCAGGAGUAUUGUCCAUGCAGUGCAAGCUGGGAUAUUUGUAGAAAGAAUGUACAGACGGACUUCAAAUAUGGUUGGCUUGAGCUACCCACCAGCUGUAAUUGGAGUGCUAAAGAAUGUUGACAAGUGGUCCUUUGAUGUAUUUGCACUAAACGAUGCCAGUGGGGAUCAUGCACUGAAAUUCAUUUUCUAUGAACUUCUCACGCGCUAUGAUCUGAUCAACCGUUUCAAG